CUCCAUCACAAUGCUGGGUGAGUCCUGACCUCCACGGGGCACCUGUACACACGAAGGUGAAGAUCAACCACUGCCACACACCAUGUAUUAAGUCUUGAAGCCCAGGAGCAAAACACGAACUUUGCUAAAGCACACUGUAAUCACCCAGCAUGCCAAAAAUCAGUGCGGGUGAGAAGGCCCUCAAUGAGCUGGGCUACAAGCUGGGUCAUACCUUAGGGGAGGGCAGUUUCUCAAAGGUGAAAGCAGCCACCUCUACCAAACACAAAGUCCCCCUGGCCAUCAAGGUGGUGGAUCGGCGACAAGCCCCUCCAGCCUUCGUGUACAAAUUCCUGCCCCGGGAGCUUUCCAUCCUCCGCAGGAUCCGUCACCCCAACAUCGUGCACAUCUUUGAGCUCAUCGAGGUGUGCGAUGGGAAGCUCUACAUCGUGAUGGAGGCAGCAGCCACCGACCUUCUGCAGCUGGUGCAGAAGAUGGGCAAGAUGCCCUGCGUCCCUGAAGCCCGGGACAUUUUUGCACAGAUUGUGGGAGCUGUGCGCUACCUGCACGAUCGCAAUCUGGUGCACAGGGAUCUGAAGUGUGAGAAUGUGCUGCUGACUGCUGACAGCCGCCGGGCCAAGCUCACCGACUUUGGUUUCAGCAAGGAGGUCAACGUCUACCCAGACCUGUGCAACACGUUCUGCGGCUCAGCAGCCUAUGCUUCCCCAGAGGUGCUGAUGGGCAUCCCCUACGACGGCAAGAAAUCCGACAUGUGGAGCCUGGGGGUGAUGUUUUUUGUCAUGGUGACCGGCCACAUGCCCUUCAAUGACACCCACGUCCGCAGCCUACCCCAGCAGCAGAAGAAGGGGGUCCUGUACCCAGUGGGAACACCCCCAUUGCCAGAGCACUGCCGGGCUCUCAUCGCCCAGCUACUGAACUUCAGUGCGGAGUGCCGGCCUGGAGCGGGGCAAGUGGCCAAGAACUGCUGGCUGAAAGGAGACAUCUGAGGGACAAUCCUUGCCAGAGACCCCAGCAUGGCAGUCACACUGUAGCACAAUAAAUGCUGUAGAAGCAAAGCA